CGCGCUUACAGUCUCUGCUGGCGGCUCUCUCUCACUCUCUCCCAUGGCGUGCAUUUCCCACGCAGCUUCUCCUUCCUCCAAUCUAAGGCUUCGAUCUUCUGACUCCCGAGCUCCGGCUUCUCUUCCCUCGGCGGUCAAUUUCCAGAGGAGCAGCUCGUCGUUGAGGUCUCUGUCUCUUCUCGAGAAUCGCGUGGUGCGGUCCCGUUUCAGCAUCAGGUGCUCUCAAUCGAAUGGAAAUGGAGCUCAAAUAAAGAAGACAACUCUUCAUGAUCUCUAUGAGCAGCAAGGACAGAGUCCUUGGUAUGACAAUCUCUGCCGUCCAGUCACUGACUUGAAGCCGUUGAUUGCAAAUGGUGUUAGAGGUGUCACCAGCAACCCAACGAUUUUCCAGAAAGCAAUCUCCUCUUCAAGUGCCUAUGACGAGCAGUUCAGGAAGCUUGUGGAAGCAGGAAAAGACAUAGAAAGUGUGUACUGGGAACUUGUGAUAAAGGAUAUCCAAGAUGCCUGCGAGCUCUUUUAUCCAAUUUAUGAUCAAACAAAUGCUGCUGAUGGCUAUGUUUCUGUGGAGGUUUCUCCGAAACUUGCUCAUGAGACAGAUGGAACUGUGGAGGCUGCAAAGUGGUUGCACAAAUUAGUUGACAGGCGGAACGUAUACAUAAAGAUACCAGCAACAGCAGACUGUAUUCCUUCAAUUAAGGAAGUUAUCUCUCUUGGAAUCAGCGUCAACGUGACUCUGAUAUUCUCCCUUCCAAGAUAUGAAGCAGUCAUCGAUGCUUACUUGGAUGGUCUUGAGUCCUCUGGUUUAAGUGAUCUGUCUCAGGUUACAAGUGUUGCUUCCUUCUUUGUCAGUCGAGUUGAUACAAUCAUUGACAAGAUGCUAGAAAAGAUUGGCACACCUGAGGCCCUUGCUCUCCGUGGGAAGGCGGCUGUGGCUCAAGCAGUUUUGGCAUACCAGUUAUACAAUAAGAAAUUCUCAGGCCCACGAUGGGAGGCUUUGGUUAAGAAAGGAGCAAAGAAGCAGAGGUUGCUCUGGGCCUCCACCAGCGUUAAGAAUCCAGCAUACUCAGACACCUUAUACGUCGCUCCUCUCAUUGGGCCAGACACGGUAUCAACAAUGCCUGACCAAGCUCUUCAGGCGUUCCUUGACCAUGGAGUGGUUUCGAGGAGCAUCGACUCGAAUGUAGCUGAGGGAGAAUCUGUUUAUGGUGAUCUAGAGAAGCUGGGGAUUGAUUGGAACGAAGUUGGAUCUCAACUGGAAGUUGAGGGAGUCGACUCAUUCAUGAAGAGCUUUGACAGCCUACUUAACACGCUGCAGGACAAAGCAAAUUCUCUCAAGUUGGUGACCUUGUAAGUUGAGACUAUAGCGUCAUUUUUUUGCAGCAAGAAAUGUUUGGCUAAUGGUUCUGGACUUCUCUUGGUGUAAAUCACGGCGAGCGAUAUGUUUGUGCUAGUAGUAUGUCUUGGUAUUAUCUGGUACAGUGGUACUUUUGUGUUAUCUAAGAUGAAAUAAAAUCACCCGCUAGAUCUCUCUCUC